AUGGUGCCUCGUGCUAGGAGGAUUGGUAGAAUAGUUUACCGAAGGCCCUAUUCGAAGCAUUUUGAUCAAGAGGAAUUUCCACGAGGAUUUAAAAUUUUGAAUUUUGCAUUGUUUUCAAGAGACGGACUUCAGUUAACCGUGGAGCAUAUUGGCCGAUUCACAGCUCAAUGUGCAGAAAUUGGACAUCACGAGGCCUUUAAAUUAAGGCUAUUCCAGAGUACCCUCAAAGGAGCUGCUUUUUCAUGGUAUAUCAAACGUCAUCAGAACUUCGUUCCAAAUUGGCAGACCAGGGAGCAAAUCUUCUAUGAACAAUUUUAUUUGCCGUAUUCAGAGGUUUUGAUGGCCAAUUUGGCUAAGAUGCGCCAAGGAUCAAAUGAGUUAGUCCAAGAAUACUUGGGGAACUUCAUAGAAGUAAGGGCCACAUGUACAGUCAACAUGCCAGAACAUGAGUGUUUGUACCAUGUCUGA